UAUGGCCUCACGCAUUUUAUCACAAGUACCAUACCUAUAGAGACGUUUGCAGUGUCGCUUAUUAAAUAAUAUAAAUUAUUAUAAAAAUCUUAAAUACAUGUUAAAUAUGUUGAGUUUUUUUUAUCACAUGGCAACAGUAUCAUUAACUUAGUUAAUAAUCAAGUGUUUUUAAUCAUAUUUGCGUUUAUGAUCAAUUUACAUUGCAUCGGAUCAUAUUGGAUCGAAAAUUUAGUAGAUACGAUUUUUGCACUUCCUUCGUGAAUCUUGUAAUAUCGAAGAAUUACGAAAGACAACUAUACAAUAUGAACGUCGUUCCAGGAACAGCUUCCUUAUUAGGAGAACUUGACAAAAAACUAAUGGUUUUACUGAGAGAUGGUAGAACAUUAAUUGGAUAUCUCAGAAGCGUCGAUCAAUUUGCUAAUAUAGUACUCCAUCGUACCAUUGAAAGAAUUCAUGUCGGUAAAGAAUAUGGGGAUAUUCCAAGAGGCAUAUUUAUUGUCAGAGGAGAGAACGUUGUCCUACUAGGAGAAAUAGAUAGGGAAAAAGAAAAAGAUUUACCGUUAACGGAAGUAUCAGUGGAUGAUAUUCUAGAUGCACAAAGAAGAGAACAAGAAUUGAAACAAGAUCAAAAGCGUUUGAUGAACAAGGCUUUGAAAGAGCGUGGUCUUUCAUAUAUUCCAGAUUUGGGUCAUGAUGAUAUGUUCUGACCCACAUCUACAUCUCCAGGCACUACAUUGGAAUCAUCACCCACAUCUUCACACAAUUCUGAAAAUUAUGAUGUCUGUUGUACAUCCAUGUCUUUCUAUUAAAUACUAUAGAAUAUACAUGAUUCUGAAUAACGAAAAUGUAUUUAGGUAAGCAUAUUGAAAAAUAAGAGACAUAAGAUUACCAACAUGAUCUAUUAUAUAUAUAUAUAUAUAUAUAUAUAUAUAUAUAUAUAUAUAUAUAUAUAUACACAUAUGCGUAUGUUCGACGAUAAUAAAAUAUCAUGUGUCAUUAUUAACACAAUAUUAUAGGGAAUAAAAAUAAUAUAUAUAUAUAUAUAUAUGAAGUAAUUAUAAGCAAUUCUAUAAUAUUGCCAUUGUCAUAUAUAAACUGUAUUUAUUUUUUCUAUAAUUCUUUAUAAAAAACAAGUGUUAAGAAAAUAGCCAUUGUUUAUUGAAAAUAACGAUAAACUCUCGAUAGGAUGUAUUAAAAAUGUGUAAAAAAAAAAAAAGAAAGAAAGAAAAUCAAGAUAAUCUAUAU